UUCCUCCUCGGAAAUCCCGCAUGCAUGGAUAAUCUACCCCCACGCACACACACACGCAAUUAGACGCAGUAGUAUUGAGGUAAUUGUUUCUCUUUGUUUCUAGAGAUUGUUAUGGAGAAUGUAACAGAAGUACUAAAACCCUACGAACUCCAUUACUCUGAUCUCAUCUCACUUUCAUCAUCAUCAUCAUCAUCAACAUCAUCAACAGAAAUCAGACGUCUGGAAUUAGUCACCAGAGCUUUAAUGGAAGCUUUGGGUCCCACUGGUCCAGGUCUUCUGACAAUCACAGGUGUACCUAAAGUGUCAGAACUCUGUAACUCCCUGCUUCCUCUCGCACGAGAUCUCUCUCUCCUCCAUCAUCAUCAUCGCAAACGCAUUCUCAAGGAUCAUGGCUUAGGGAGUGAUGUUCCGUUGAGGAAUUUGGAUAGACGUGUCUCAUCAUAUGCUAUGCAGUUGAAAUAUGAGCAUGAUUGGGAUCUUAGUAAGUUGAGCCAUGUGAAUUAUCAGGGUCUUGACAAACACUACAAUAGAGCUGAAGACAAUUUUAAUGCUGAUGAGUAUGAUCAUUCAAGGGAUGAUCUCUUCAAGGAUCUUGGUUGUAGCUUUAGGCAACUCGGGUUAUGUAUGAUGGACCUGGGACUUCGUGUAGCACGAAUUUGUGAUAGGGCCAUUGGUGGGAACGAAUUGGAGAACAGCUUGUUAGAGUCAGGGACAGCAAAAGGGCGUCUCAUACACUAUCAUUCUUCUCUUGAUACUCAAAUAAUUAAAGAAUCUUGCGGAAGAAAGGGGUCUAAGAAAGGACAAAAGAAAUCUGAACCAAAAAGCUGUCAAUUAAAGGAUGAAAAGAACUUCUGCAGGAGUGAGCAAAUGCAUAGAGAUGGCGAUGAUGGAAGGGAGUCUGAGAGAAAUUCUGAUCUUUGGCAACAGUGGCACUAUGAUUACGGUACUUUCACUGUUCUUACUAGUCCGAUGUUUAUCAGAUCAAAAAGUUGCCAGACUGAAAAAGUGGAAGAUAAAUGUGCAUUUAAUGAGUACGAAUGCUUGUCGUCCAGUGAGAAUACGUACUUGCAGAUUUUCCAUCCAACCAAAAAUAAUGUUUAUACUGUAAAGGCCCCUCCUGAGAGUUUCAUUCUUCAGGUGGGAGAGUCGGCUGAUGUACUGUCAAGACAGAAGCUCCGGGCAACUCUUCACUCAGUAUCACGGCCUGUAGAGCAAGGAAACUUAAGCAGGGAAAUCUUUGUUGUAUUUUUGCAUCCAGCGUGGCAUAAGGUUUUUGAUAUUUCGGAUUACCCUAUGGAGCAGUCAACAUUGAAUAAUGAAUUUGGGAAACAUGAGGAAGGACCUCAUGGUGAUGAAGAGCUUAAGGAACUAACGCGAGAGAUUCACAAGAUUAUUCCCCCACUUUCCACUCGGCUUAAGGAUGGAAUGACCUUUGCUGAUUUCUCUCGUGAAACGACUAAGCAAUACUAUGGCGGUAAUGGUCUGCAAUCAAACAGAUGAGAAUUGGGGAAAUAGCAAGUUCGCAUGUUCAUCCGCCAUAUGCUUUGUAUAUUCUCGCUGUGGUUGGUGUACUUGGCUCCGGUGUUGAGGAAGCAUCAGUAGAGGAACAUAGUGUCUCUUUUGUGGAUGCUGGGAUACUGCAAUUGACGUAACUCACUGAUGGAGAAUUUUGCAAUUAAUUCUCUGCAUCUGCUCUUGUCAAACAACCGAACACUCGCUAAAACUUUGAUUACAUAUGAAAGUUCUGGAAAGUUAAGUCAUUUCUCUUCUUAAGGAUGAGGACAGUUUGAUUCAGCUGUUGUAUAAAUUUGACCUGUGAAAGUGUUAUUCUGUGUGAAGCCACUUGCCCACUGGUCAGUCUUUGACAUUAUAUAUUUUCCUGUCCAAAAUUAUGAUUGUUCUUCAAUCUUUUGCAACCUAUCGAAUUCAUAACUUGUGAUAGUAAAGUGUUUAUGGAACAUGAUAUCUUAUAAUUAAUUGUGCAAUACGUGUUUGGAAGUUUUACAAUGGGUGAAAGUGAUUUCAGACUUAA